AUGAUAUAUUUAUACCGGCACCUACUAUGGCGAGGCUUGUUCACCAUGACGACAAGACUAUACAUGAUGUCGACCUGGGGUCGUCCCUCCAACUCUGGCGAAUAUGGCCAACAUACUCUCGAUCAUUCACCAAGUGGCGUCCAACUACACCUUCCUUCACCACAAUUGUUGAUGGUUUGCGAGACAAACCUUCAUCGUUCGCUUCACUUGCUUCAUGCCUGAUGGAGCUGAGAAAAAGAAACUUCGGGGAAAGUGCAGGAUCAAGAAUCUAGAACACGCAGUCGUUGAGCGGAGACGAUGACCUUGGCCCUUGGUUGAAAAGUCACCCGGGUAUUGAUAAAAUCAGCUUCACUGGAUCCACAGCGACCGGAAAACUGGUGAUGCAGAGUGCUAGCAAAACUUUGAAAAGGGUCACAUUGGAGUUGGGAGGAAACGAUCCCGCCAUCGUGUUCCCGGACGUAGAUGUUGACAAGGUCGCUGAAAAGGUGGCAUUCUUCGCCUUUCUCAACUCCGGCCAGAUCUGCCUCAAUCUCAAACGUAUCUAUGUGCAUGAGUCCAUCUUUGAUCGAUUCAAGGAGGCUUUAGUGAAGCACGUCAAGGGGUAUAGUAUAACCUUGGUGAUGGCUCGCAACCCGGGGUAACACACGGUCCUCUACAGAACUCAAUGCAGUAUGAACGAGUCAAGACAUUCUUUUCGGAUAUUGAGUCUCAAGGAUGGAAAGUUGCCGCUGGGGGCAACAUCGAGAAGUCCCAAGGCUAUUUCAUAACUCCUACCAUCAUCGAUCGGCCUCCCGAGAAGUCUCGUCUGGUUGUCGAGGAGCCUUUUGGACCUAUUGUUCCCCUUCUAUCCUGGAGCAACGAAGAC